AGUAGGAUUUUAUACCGAACGCAGCAGUCUAGCAGCAGCAGCAGCACCACAUUCAAUCGCAGUAACCGCCGUCGAGUUUUGUAUAGAGCCAACCGCCAGAGCGCCAACAGAUAGGAGCCAGUUUUGUGUCCGUCAAUCGAAAUUCGAAGAUCUUUCUCCACCGGGGUGUGUUUUAAUUGACCAUCGUUCAGAAAAAUAGUUAUUAGAGAAGGCUAUUUUUCUUUAAUUUCGCCAACCACGGUUCGAAAGUUGGCUGUAUUUUUCGAGCGCCCGAUUUUACUCACACGGUACAGCACUGUCUAAUCGUUCAGUUGUGUUUGUCAUUUGUCGUGGCCUCCCGUCUCAGUAGUCAUUGCAUUUCAGUGUGCCGUUCGACGCCUACUCUGCUCAACUGGAUUUGCUUUUGUUCCGAAAGGAGUCUGACCGUUCGAGGAUCGAAGAGUCGAAUAUUCCUACUGGAUUAUAACGAGGAAUUAUAUCGCAUUUGGAUACAGUUUUAGUGGAAGAAGUGCUUUUUUAGUGAUUGACAAGGAUUUGUGACCUGGAAAACCGCCAAGUGAUUUCCGGAAAAUAAUAGCUCGAAUAAAGAGAAAUAAGUGAACCGAAAAGUGCGAAUAUUUUUAUAGGAUUGUGUGCGUGAAUUUUGCUGCCAGAUUUUUACACUUAUUCCAACCAGAAACCCCACAGAAACAGAAUCUCUUAAAAAUGGCCACAGAAGUCGACAACAAGCCCCUAACCGCCGCCACCGAGGAGGAGAAGAAACCCGAACAGCCAGUAGCGGCGGAGAAGAAGGAAGAUAGCUCCGCUGCUGCGGCCGCGGUAACGGCCACCGAGGGCGACAAGAAGCCCGCCACUGGCGAGGGUGCUGGCGAGAAUCAUGCCGCCGCCGAUACGGGGGCGGGUGGUGAUGGUGCGGCCACAUCGGCCGAACAGGCCGCCGCCCCGGCCGCCAAGAAGGAAAAGGAAGUGAAACCACUGGUGCACAAGGCCAACUUCGAGAAGGAUGUGGUCUACUUGUACCAGUUCACCCGGACCCCGCUGCUCCCGUCGAUGUCCCCGUACUGUCUCAAGGUGGAAACCUGGUUGAGACUGGCUGGGCUUAAGUAUGAGAAUGUCGACCACAAGCUGAAGCUGCGCUCCAAGAAGGGCCAACUGCCGUUCGUCGAAGUCAAUGGAGAGGAAAUCGCCGACUCGGCCAUCAUCAUCAAGGAACUGGCCCAGCGCUACGAGAAAGACCUGGACGCCGCUCUGACCCAGGAACAGCGCAACAUUGCUCACGCCAUGAUCUCCAUGCUGGAGAACCACCUCAUCUGGGUGUUGCUGUUCUGGCGCAGCAAGAACCCCGACCAGAUGAUCAAGGGCUACAAGGUCAACCUGCAGCACGCCCUGGGCAGCCGGUUGCCGAACGCUGUGCUCAACUUCUUGUUCAAAUUCCAAUUCGGUCGCAAGUAUUUGCAGGGAGCCAAAAAGGUAAAGGCCCAAGGUCUCGGCGUGCACAAGCCCGAAGAGAUCGAGGAAUUCGGCAAACAGGAUCUGAAGGUGCUGUCCGAGCUGUUGGCCGACAAGCCGUUCUUCUUCGGCGAUGAACCAACCACGCUGGACUGCGUCGCAUUCUCCGUCCUUGCCCAGGUGCACUACAUUUCCGACGAGGUCAAGUACGCCCUGAAGGAAUUCAUGCAGGAGAACUGCCCGAACCUGGUGGGACACGUUUCGCGAAUCAAGGAGCGCUGCUUCGCCGACUGGGACGACAUCUGCACGAAGCUGGACCUGAACGCACAUCUGCCCAAGCCAGAACCAGAGACCAAGGAGAACAAGGAAGGUGCCGACUCCGAGAAGACCGCCGAGCAGGACAAGAACGAAUCGGAGAAGGAACUCGAGAAGGACAACUCCAACGAGAAGACGGAGAAGAAGGAGGAAAAGCCGGAAAAGGCCGCGGUGGAAGAGAACAAAGAAAAGGAGGAAGCCGCCGCCAAAUAAGUUGACUCCGCGGGUUGAAACGGAGAAGCAGCUUGCGCUUACACAAGUAUAUUAUUAUGAAUACUGCAGAUUUUUCUUCUAGUUUUUUGACUAUUGGCUAAUUCUGUUCCGUGUUUCUUUUUAUAAUUUGGACUCGUAUCUUCGUAUUUUUUUACGCACGCACACAGAAACACACAUACACAAACACACACACUCACUAGUUAACAAUUCGAUCUGUUCCGUAAUUUUAUUCAUUUUCGUAGAAUAUUUGCUAGUAAGGGACAAACGGAAGACGAAGCGAGAAAGUUCAAUUCUAUAAGUAGGAAGCAUUUUUCGUGUGCGAUUGUUAGUAGGUUCUUUGCUACUAAAAAAAUAGAUCCGGUCGCGUGUCGCGUGUACGAGAAGAAGAAAACGAGCAAAUAAACAAAGCAAAUUUUUGACUAAUGUGUAUACACUUUUUAAAAUACUUAUGUUAGUGUUUUCUCGAGAAGCAAUGGUUAGAACGGUCAGGUAGCAUCAAACGCGAAGAUCCAAUGAUGAUUCUCGGUAAAGUGUGCAAUUUUGUACAACAAUGGCGUGGACAAGAUGUUUUGCUCUUUUCCGGGCAAUUUGUUUGAGAAGGAAACAUCCGAUGAUGAAGGGCAAACAGUCAGUGGAAAGAAACAGCAGAAGAUGAUCGUUUGUAGUUUUUGUUUAUUUUUUUUUUCAUUUUAGUAGAAAAUUUUCUAGCAGACGUAAGAAAUUAGUGGAAUGAGAGCAAACCGGAAGAAGAAGGUCACGAGACGACAAUGUGGAGUGUUCACUGCUUAAGCUAUUCUUACGUUUAGUUUCAGUUUUACUUUAUUCUCUAGUGUAAGGUAAUAUGUACGACGAUUAUUACUACAGAAAUACUCAAAAAUACAGCUAUUAAAAAAUCGUUGGCCGGCGUACUGAAUCGUGCCAAUGGUUUCGUUUAGAGAACGUCGGUUCAGGUUCGAAAAAAAUGAUACAUCCGUUUUUGACAUCAUGAUGAAGGAAAUUGAAGAAAACUCUUUGCUUGUAGUAAUACAACCUUAUGAAAGGAAAUGUAAUAAUAGUUUAUUUCUACUAUUAUAUAUUUUUAUAUAUUAUAUUUUCGUAUAUAUUUAUAGUAUUUUAUAUCAAUUUUAUGUAUAGUAGUCUCUCUUUCUCUUUAUGUUAGUUUAAGGUAAUGCAAAGAAAAAGAAGAAGAAUCAUUAAUGGUCGUUUUCCAAAUUUACGUUUUGUACAAAAUUUUGCGAAGUGAAGAAAUUUUCCCAUGUUCUUCCCAGGACGUUUUUAUUCUUCAGAUUGAAGCUAAAGAGUAAAAACCAGGCGGCGGGAAAAUUUCUUUCGAGGGAACGUUAUGUUUUUGGAUCAACACAAACUCACCCACCCCCGUGUAGGUACGUUUAGAACUAUUCCAGAAGAAAGCACGAAAACGGUUGCAAUUCACGAACAUCUCGAGCAGGCAUAGAAAUGAUAAAACAUCUCAAAAACAUUCUAAUCAACAUUAAUUGUGUUUCUAUUCAUAUUUUAAAUGAAAUAGUCUAGCGCGUAUAAUCACUCGAAUCGAUUAGUUUCUCUUCUGCUUAUCAGGUACAACGUUCUUCAUCAUAUUCCUUCUCUUUUCCGUUCAACAUGAAAACGUACAAUAGUUAUUCUAAAAACGCCACACUCUGUCGCACAGUUUGUACGUUCUAUCCCGAAAAGAGGGAAUAAUUUAAUCGAACCGUAAAAAAAACAUUUCCUAAGCAUAAGUGAGUGGACUCCGCGCAGUUUUCCAAUAUCGAAAAUAAAAAGAUUGAUUACAAUACAAUUUACAUACAUUUGCGCCACACGAAUACAGAAAAGAACAACAGAUGCAAAAACAGUUGGUUUAUCUAUAGGUUAAAACGCUGAUGAAUAAAGAAUAAAACAGUGAUAAUGAAAAAAAAACAAA